GUUUCGCUUUUUCACCGCUACGAAUGCAAUGUUUCAGACGUAAUCACGAAAUCCAAUGUCAGUCACCAAAUUAGUGUAGAUGGUUAGAAGAGUCAGAUACAAAGUUAAUCCUCAAAUCCUUCUUAAACCCGCUAAGAGUAAGAUGUAGUUCAGUUUAGAUAACCCUAUUUUACCCUCCAAAGGGAAUGACCAGAUGAGACGCGAUGAGGUAACUUUUAAUGUCAGUGCACGACGAUACAAUUAUUAAUGUGGUUCAGUCUGACUUUCACAUCCCUCCAUGUCAAAGGCUGUAUGUAAAAUAUGACAAUGUGAUGUUUUACUCCCUCAGAUAUAAACAGUGGUGGAUUUGAAUACCAAAUAUAUCAGAAUCACAGCGUGUUCUUCUAUCAUGGAGACUCUGAGCAGAUGUAUGUCGGAGGGACAGAUUUUGUGCUGAAACUUGAUGUGGAUAGCUAUCAUGUUAUAGAGAAAUUUCCUUUGAAAACCCUGGAGCAUCAACAGUGCCAAGAGGGCCAAUGUGAAAAUGUCAUCACUGUGAUUGAGAAGUUUCAGGACAGCCUGUUUGUCUGUGGAACAAAUGGACACAGACCGCAGUGUUGGAAGCUUUUUUCUUCAGUGAACAACCAGUCUCAUGAAAUAGUGGAGAGUUAUGAGGGGACUGGCAUCUCUCCAUUUGUUUACACACAUAACUCUGUAUCCCUCACAGCAGAAGGGGAGCUAUAUUCAGCGGCGCCUUUGGAUACUGAUGGAAGUUCGUUACAGUUCAGAAGAAAAGCUGGCAGCAGAAGUAAUGUCUGGAUGUAUGACAACUGGGUCUCAGAGCCCACAUUCAUCUCUGCUUCCUGGGUGAAGCAGAGGGAAGACCCUGACAACGAAAAAAUCUACAUCUUUUUCCGUGAAAAGAACUCCGAUCAGAAUCCGGAGGCUGACCCCUGGAUAUCGAGGGUUGCCAGAGUUUGUAAGGUAGAUGAAGGUGGAUCAAAACGAUUCUUCCAGAACAUGUGGACAUCUUUCCUCAAGGCUCGGCUUGUCUGCGGGAUUCCAGAAGAGUCGCUCUAUUUCAACCGUCUCCAAGACAUUUAUGUGAUGCAUGCUGAGGAUUGGAGAGACACCCGAGUCUACGCCCUUUUCACGCUCUUCACAAGCAGCUGGAACUCCACAGCAGUGUGCAUCUAUUCAAUAGGAAUGAUUGAGGAAAUAUUUGAGAACUCGACUUUCAAGGGCUACAACAAAGACGUCCCAAAACCAAGGCCAGGAACGUGUGUAAAAAACAGCAGGACCCUGCCACUGGCCACUGUCAAUAUGGUGAAGGAUUACCCAGAAAUGACUGACUGGGUUCACUCCGUGCAUUAUACAGCUCCAUUUUAUAUAAGCAGCAACAACUACACCAAGAUAGCUGUGGACCGCGUCCAGGCAGCAGACCAGCACAUGUAUAACGUUCUGCUUCUGGCUACUGAUUCAGGGACAAUCCAUAAAGUCUUGGAGUCCGGGUCAGAACCUUUCAUCAUCUCUGAAACACAACUCCCCAGCUAUUCAACCAUAAAAUCAAUGAAGCUUGUCUCCAAAAAGAAAAAGUUAGUGGUGGGUUUUCCAGAGAGAAUUUCUAUCAUGGACCUCCAGAGGUGUCAGGAGUACAACAAGUCCUGUGCAGAUUGUGUUCUGGCCCGGGACCCGUACUGUGCCUGGACAAAGUCUGGAUGCACCCCGACUGUGGAGUGUGUAAGUGGCUGCAUUCAAAAUAUCAUUGAUGGGAACAUAAGUCUAUGUCCUGCAUCACAAGAAGAAGAAAAACUAGUAAACCGGACCAAACGGGAGACAGCUUCACCAUCACCAGUGUAUUUGGGGACAACUCACUCGGUCCCCCUUAGUGUCCCUUUCUAUCUGUCAUGUCCAAUAGACUCCUACCAUGCUGUCUACACCUGGGAGCAUGAAGGCCAGAGCAGCCCUUGUCUCCAAAUGCAGUCUAACUGCCUGCACCUCAUCCCUGCCAUGGCACACGAGAACUAUGGCGACUACGAGUGUGUUUCCAAAGAGAGAGACUACACCAAUGUGGUGAAGACAUAUCAGCUUACAGAGCAAAUGUUUCCAAAAACAAAUAAAACCACUGAGACGAUCAACAACCUUUCUAAAAUGAAUGAUGCAUCAGCUGUCGUGCCGCAGAAGGCUUGGAUCACCCUUGGACUUGCAGUGUUGGGGAUUUUCAGAUAGGAUUUGCAAAAAUGACUAACACUCCCUUCAUUUUGAGAAUAUUUUCAGUUGGUCCAGACCUCGUGUAUGAAAAUGUGGCAUAAACAUCCUCAAGACCUUUGUCCUUGCCGUUGCUCUCAGGCCAGGACGCAGGCAGCAGGAAUACUUCCUAGUGAACACAAAACCUUAUUUGUGCAAGCCGACAUGUAGCUGUGUUUGGCAGAACUGUUAGAUUUUCAAGCCUACAGGACCAUGCUGCAGCCAAGUUUAUUUUACAAAGAGAAACCGGAACAGGAUGUGGUUGGUGUGAUGGAGGAAGAAAGCAGCCUAACUGGUCAGAAGCAAACAGAGCACAGCUCACAGUGUUUGUUUGGAUCAGCUGAUGAUCAGUUAGUCACCGCAGCAUCCUUCAUUAACUACUGCAAUGUUUCAUUGAGUGAGCACUUUGUUCAUUUCUUUUAAGACAAGGGAAAAAGGGAAAAUGUAAGAAGUAAUCUGAAGGAAUUUAUUUGAACAAGGGUUUAGUCCAAACCAAAGCACACCUUUAAAAAGUUGUGCAUCAUGAGUGCAAAAGCUUCUGUUCAGAGAGCGACAGAUAGCCCAGUACAAGCAAGUGUGUGUGUGUGUAGUAGUAGUGUGUGCACGUUGAGGUCAGAAACAAAUGUUGAUAUCGGAGUGUUUAUGGAAGGGUGGAGGCAGCCAGGGACCCUCCCUGAGUUUCCCUGUUUUGUUCAGUCAUGUGGUCAGCGAGGCAUUUGGAAAAUGCAAUGAGAACUGUUUUGCCGCAGAGCAGAAAAUAUCCGACUUUGGUAUCUUGUUAAACUGUCCACUGGAACAGAUUUGAGAUGGUGGUUGAAGGUGAUCAUUUUGCAUCUACAGUGUGUGCACAUAUCAUGUAUUGAAGCUGCUUUUCUACUCCGUUAUUUACAUAAAAGAGAGACUGUGUAACUUUCGGCAAUCUGUAACCACUGUUGCCCCAGUGCUAAUAACGAGAUAAAUUGUUCUUUAAUAUGUUUAAAAACUACUAACCUAAAUUAUUUAUGAUGUUAACACUAUUUUGGUACAGUCUUUUGGGUUUCACACUGGAGAUUUUAAUACUUGCAAGCAAUAUGUGUCCUUAUAAUUUCAAAAAUAGUAUAUUUUUGCAUAAUGUUAGCUUGAAAAGGCUACCUGAAGAAUGUAAGUGAUUAUUAUUGAUUUCCUGCUCAUUGAAAUAAUAAAGAAUGGAGCUGUCAUUAACCAGGAGUUGUACUUCUCUUCCACUCAUAAGUGGU